AUGGCCGCCCUCUACCGCCCCGCCGAAGCUGCCCUGCUCUUGCGCCCUGCCAUGCGCCCCGCCCUGCUGCUCCCGCGCAUCCAGCCGUCGGCAGCUCGACGCGCCUUGUCCGCCUCGCACCAGACCCGUGCCACCGAGCCCACCUACCCGGGCACGCCCAUCCCGCAGCCCGCGCGCCGGUCCAUCACCCUGACUGGCGACUCGGGCCAGGUGCCGUGGACUGCCCUGUCGCCGGGCGAGAAGGUCGUGCGCACCACCCAGCAGUCGUUCAACCUGAUCGUCGUCGUCAUCGGCGUCGUCGCGACCGGCGGAGUCACCUACUUCCUCUUCCACGACGUCUUCAGCCCCAACUCCAAAAUCGCACACUUCAACCACGCCACCGACAGGAUCCGCGACGACCCCCGGUGCCAGAAGCUGCUUGGCGAGGGAUCCCAGAUCUCCGCCUACGGCGAGAGCUCGUUGGCGCGCUACGUCAAAAAUCGCGCCAUUCGCAGCACAGAAGAGACGGACCAGUGGGGCACCCAGCACCUGAAAUUCCGCUUCUUCGUAGAGGGCAACGGGAAGCAGGGCGUGGUACACGUUCACAUGAUUAAGAAACCGAGCAUGUCUUCGUACGAGUAUGCCGAGUUGGCGCUCGACGUCAAAGGGCAUCGCAGGAUCGAUCUGGCAUCCAAAGAGAAACAGGCCCAUGUCGCCCCGAAGAUCUUCGGCGCGAGGUGGUGGUAG